UUGUUGGCCGCCAUUAUAACGUGCAAACGUGCAACUGAUUUGCGAAACUCCUGAAUUGCUACGUUGCGGCGUGAAGUUCGGUCAAAAAUGACUUUCCUAAACCGUGCCAAUCAAAGUUUUUUAACCCAUGCUCGCCUUUGGUAUCUUGUAGAUGCGAAGGAUCAGAUCAAUGGGCGCUUAGCUUCAUAUCUGAGCCAAGUUUUGCAAGGGAAGACGAAACCUAUUUACCAUCACACGGAUGACGUUGGUGAUUACGUUGUGGUGAUCAACACGAGACAUAUUGUUUUAUCUGGUACCAAGUGGAAAAACAAACUUUAUCGUCAUCACACUGGUUAUCCGGGUGGACUAAAAUCUAUAACUGCAAGAGAGCUGCACAAGCGAGACGCUACAAGAGUCCUAUGGAGGGCUGUCUACGGAAUGCUUCCGAAAAACAAUCUCAGACCCAUUUGGAUGAACAGGUUGUUCCUUUUCGAGGACAGUGAACAUCCGUACGCGGAAAAUAUUUUUGCUAAAUUGGAGGGCCCAGCUCCCUUGCCCAAAAGACUGGAAGAAUUCACAGCGGAAGAAAUUGAGAACUAUCCCAAACUCUUUUAAUCAAUGUUUGGGUGCCAGUUCCCAUUAAGUCUAACCAUCAAUUCCUUUUUCCCCUGUAAGAAUGUAAAUUUUGCAGGGAAAAUACCAUGAGGAAAUACAUGAUGCAGUUAAGUUGUGACUGUACGUCUUUGUAAGUCAUUGAUGACUUUAACCAUUACAGGCAUUUUUCUGUUCACUGGUUACUUGCAGAUCAUGACAUAAAGAAUAAAAGGUGCAAUUCAUCAUUUCAUGGUCAACCCACUUUAUUCCAUUAGCCAAGUAAUUUCAAAGUAGCUAUUGUUUUUUUUAGGCAAUGACACAAUUUAAACCAUUGACUUAUCAUCAGAUGCGCAUUAUUUAUUGAGGUACCUCUGUUGUUUACUGUUUAUCUAGUAGUUAAGAAUCUGAUGUCCUUUACUAAUGUAAGAGAGUUAUUUAAUUUUGGAUUGGAUGGUUUUUUAGGUGACAAGAAAAGCCAUGGGUCAAUGCAAGUCUCGUUGCAGAACUUCAAGGUGUCAUUAGACUUUUUGGCAUUAACCUUUUCACUCUUAAAAUCUUCUUUGUAAUUCCCCGCACUGUCUACCAUACAAUUGUUACGAUGUCACUUUGGAGAAUUUGGUAUUGGAUCAAUUGAUAAUCCUGUAAUUGGUAUUUUUCUUUAAUCUCAUCACUUGUCUGCUCAUUAUUGCCUACAUAAGGGUUAAGCAAACUUAAUAUUGCUUUCAUUUCAUAUUAGACAGCCUCAAUCCAUCCUUGACAGUGGCUUUAUCUGGUCCCGACAAGGAUUCUUAAUGGGCCUUCUAGUAAUAAUUUGUGUGGGCCAGUUGAGUCUUGAUUUCUCCCUGAGCCAACUUAUGAGGCAAGAGAAUUUUGCCGUGGUGACUUUUUGUUUUAACUUUGCUGAUUGGAAGAGAACUUUCCAUCCUUAUCACAGGUGUUUCCAAUUCUUGAAAAAUACUUUAGUUGUAAUAAAGAGACUCUACAAUAAUCAUGUAA